AUGGGGUCAAGUUCGGCAUCUUUCUCCCUGCCUCCCCAAAGAGCCACCUUCAAAGGCUUACUCUUCGAUAUGGAUGGAACCAUAAUAGACUCAACAGCAGCAGUUGAGAAACACUGGCAUACAAUUGGUAGCGAAUUAGGCGUAGACCCCAAAGUAAUCCUGCAGACAUCCCACGGCCGUCGCAGCAUCGACGUGCUCAAACUCCUAAGUCCGGAAAAGGCGAAUUGGGAAUAUAUCAAGCACAUGGAAGGCUUGUUGCCGAAACUGCAUGGCGGUGAUGCAGUUGAGAUUCCUGGGGCUAGGGUGCUGCUGGAUGCGCUGGGGAAGGUCAGUGCCCCCUGGGCGAUCGUCACGUCGGGUACUACCCCUCUCGUAACGGGAUGGCUUGGUGUGCUUAAGCUGCCGCUCCCAGAACACCUGAUUGUCGCGGAGGAUGUGGAGAACGGGAAGCCGGAUCCAGCCUGUUAUGUGAUGGGUAGGGAGAAGUUGGGGCUAGGGGCUGCUGAUGAGGUGUUGGUACUGGAGGAUAGCCCUGCUGGGAUCAAAGCGGGAAAGGCCGCUGGGUGCAAGGUAUUGGGUGUCGUUACUUCACACACCGUUCAGCAAGUGGUGGACGCAGGACCUGAUUGGAUUGUGAAGGACUUGAGCAGUGUUAAGCUGGUGGGGACGUCUGAUGGUGGGGUCGAGCUGGAGAUCUUGGAUGCGUUGGAUCUGAAGUGA